UGGUUGCAGCGUGAGGAAGAAGGGGGAGGAGGAAAGAGAAAAGUAAAGAAAAAAAUAUGGGGUAAAAUUGUCAUUGAACACUCUAAAUUUAUCAUACACAUUCAAUCCCGCUCGUGUAUUUGCCAAUUUUGAUGGAAUUUUCCAAUUUUGCACUCCAAGGUUGUGUACAUUUUUAAAUGUCAUGGGUUAAUAUGUUUUUAGAUUAAGCAUAGGGGUUAUAGUGUAACUAACCCUUGUUUAUAUUGCUGAAUAGCCACAUCACAUGUCACGCUCUGAAAUUUUUUUUGACUAGCUCUCUAUACUUGAUGGGAAUUUACUGUCUACCUUCUCAUGAAUUUAUGCAUUGUUCAUGCUUUCCUUUUUAUUUGUUUUCCCACAAUUUAUCAUAUCACUCACAUGUACGGUAUGCUUAUUAAUGACCUUGUUUUCUGCUUGCAAAGAUUGUAUGCCAUAAAAUACAGCAUGUGCUCUCUGUCUUUCUGGUUGUAGAUCAUUUUCUCAUUUGUGCUAUGUUAGUACAAAAAUCCUUGCUAAGGACCUGCUUAGUAAUUUAUUUUGAGCUUGAGUUUUCAUCAAAAAUAAUAUUUUUCACUUUUUUACUUUAAGGAGUAUGUGUCCAUGAUAUGUUCAAAGUUGAUGUCAUUAAAGACAAAAGCCCAGCGGACCCUGGUUAGUUCUUCACCAUCAGGACCUGCUUAUACCGUUGAAAAUUCUGCACAUCAAGCUGGUGGUGCUCAAACAAACUCCACUACAAGAUCGAAUCUUCCUGGAGAUGCUAGGCUGCCGGCAGUUGGUGGCCUUGGUGGUCUUGGUCUCCCAGAGAUGUUUGGUUCCAUGCAGGAUACUGCUUCAUUAAGUCAGUUUGCACAAAAUCCAGCUGUAUCACAAAUGAUGCAAGUUCUCCUCUCCAACCCUCAGUACAUGAAUCAGGACACAAUAAUUGGAUUUUUACUGGCUGGAGUAGACAAUGUGGAUUUGCGGAGAAAGACGAAUUACCUAAUUGUGGACUCAAAAACAACUGUUAAGCAAAUUGAAGAAGCAUUCAAGGAGUUUACAACAAGAGAAGACGUUGUAAUAGUGAUGAUCAGCCAAUAUGUAAGUUUUUGUUCUUCUCUGUCAUAUUUUUGAUUGAUUUUAAUGCUCUUCUGUGGUAUGACUUAUGCAUAUGAUUAUAGUGCAUGCUUAUACCUUAUCAGAUGCAUCAUGAGCACCCUAAGAUGCUUCUUUUUUCUUUUUCUUCUUUAUUUUAUCCUAUAACUUUAUUCAAUACAGAGUCGCAGCUUACAUUAUUGGGAAUUACAGGAAUGGACAAAAAAUAUAUAUAUAUGUAUAUAUAUGUAUUAGGGAACAUUACCAAUAUGGAUAUCUUUUCUCUUCAAAUUACUAUCAAGUCCUAUUAACUUUUAAUUGCAAGGCUUUCUGUGAGAGAGAGAGAGAGAGAGAGAGUAACACAGAUUCUCUGUUGCAUGUGUAGUGUAGUUGCUUGUUCUAAUCUUGAGAGGAUAAGGAGACUUAAGAAAAAAACUUUAUUGAAGAAUAAACAUGCAUCCUAGAAUUAUUUGACUGACAAGGACUGUAUUCAUACAUCUUGAUUAGUUUGAACACAUCCAUCUGGAAGAGCUCCCUUCUAUACCUCAAGUUCCAGCCACGUAAUCCAUCCUUGCCAUUAAAAGGUUUC